AUGGCGCCUUCAAAAUCCUCAAGUCGUGUCAAACCCUUUCGGCCGUGCACCCUAAUAGGCUUAUUAGUGGUUCUGAUAGUAGUACUGCAGGAGACAGUCGUGACUCAAGGCGGUAUCCCCGGCGCCGAUUCUCCGCCCACCUCCCCAAAAGCCGCAAUUCAAGACGAUGAUGUCGGGGCUGCUAUCUUGCCCGGCAGCAGCGGACUGGACGGAGGAUUUGGUUUGGGAGAGGCUCUACUGGUGGCUUCAGUACGUGUCACCAGGAAGUUCCUCAGCAUGCUGAACCCCUUGAACUGGAUUAUGUACCUUCUGGGUACAGAUGAUGAUCAUUGGGCUCUUGGAUCCUUUUGUAACCCAAAGGCACACCUAUAUCAAGAGUGCUCUGUUCUCUUCGACCACAUUGUUGUCGGAUGUGGGGCGGCUGGGUGCCCAUUGGCCCGUACCGUUUCGGAAGGUGGCAAGCGCGUUCUUCUUAUCGAGAGAGGGAAGGAGAGGAGCUUUGAAGCAACUCCAAACGCAAUGACACUGGAAGGUGCAGGACGUGUGAUUCAAGACGAGGACAUCUCCCAAGCAAUUGUUACUACUCAGGGCGUGCGCACGCAUACGGCGAAUAUAAUGGGAGGCGGGACCAGUAUCAACAUGGCCAUUGUGAUUGAGGAGGAUAAAGAAUACUUCGAGCAUAUGAACCGGGCGUACGGCUACAAUUGGGACCUAGAUCGGGUCAACGAAGCGUACAGCUGGAUCAGUCGGAAGAGCUACUUUCCGAUGCCUCAGGACAGGCCUUUCGCGACUGCCUGGACAAAGAGUCUUCUGGCCCGCGGAUACCGUCCGUUGAUCCCCGUGGGUCGACGAUACACAGGUGGCCCGCUGCCAACUGCUUAUCGGUUGCAUAUGGGAUACAUUUGGGGGGGAGGUUCGUUUUUCAAUCCCGAUGAAGGAGGCUUUAGAAUGGCCAGUGACACGCUACUUGGUGACGACAAGGGCAAGAAGCGUAACAAGAAUCUGACGGUGCUUACGGAACACACCGUCCAGCGCGUUAGGUUCGCAGUAGGCGACACUGUACCCCGAGCUGUCUGCGUUGACUACCGAAAGACAGCGUUCGAGGACCAGCAAAUUCUCGGCACGAUGAAUACGAUCUCCACUGAUUACAUUGGAUGGAAAGCUCAGGCAUACUAUUUGAUGAGACGUGCCAAGGCGGCACUGAUGUAUUACGCGAAGAACGAUCCUGAAGAAUCGAAGAUUUUGAGGCGAGCCUGUGUGGGAGUAAACGGAGAGAUCACGUUAUCCGCAGGUGCAAUACACACCCCUCUGAUACUCAUGCGAUCGGGAAUCGGUUCUCGCGAACAGCUCAAAGAUAUCAGUGUAUCUCCUGUGAAAGAGUUGCCGGCUGUGGGGAAGAACCUGAGGGAUCGAAUGUUCAUUCCUCUAAACUUUUUUGCUGUUGGGAAAAACACCAGUGCGCGUCACCACCCUGCACGAGUAUGCGAGACGACAGGCGUCGCGAAACUUGGACCUGACUGCGAGAACUUCAACAUUGGAGAUCGGUCACUCAAGUGUACCCUAGCAGUUGCUGAAGAACUAUACGGCGGCAACACCACCGAAGGAGUUAUCUUGGGCACCCGCUAUAUCUUCCCUCCAGCAUUUCGUCAUCACCCCUUAGCGGAUAAGGCCUUCGAGAUCAUGACCUACUGUGCCCGACAUCGUCCACUCAUUGAGCAUAUGCAUGAUUAUCUCCCAAUUUGCGCGACCAUCGAGCCAAUGAUAAAUUGUUUCAGACGAGGGAGCGCGCCUUUCUAUUUUACGUCCGAGCCGAAGUCCAGCGGAUAUGUUAAGCUUGAUAAGCGCGGAGAGGUAGAAGUAGAAGUCAACUAUUUAAAGGACGUGCAAGACGUAUUCGAUGCUAUUAGAGGCAUGCAGAACUUGAUCGAAACCACGAAAGAUCCUGCUUGGAAAGGCGUCCUUGAGCCGAUUUCCCUGAACUCGUGCCCCGUCCAGAUUUUGAACGGGGUGUUAGAUCUUGUUGCUCGGCUUGGACAAGAUGCCAUUGGAGAGGUGUUUCACGGCCCCAGUCUCCGCGAGAUCCGCCAAGAUCUAGAACUCCUGCUGCCAGGCAACCGGACAGUGACCCCGGAAGAGUUACGGGGGGACGGCGCUGAGACUGAUGACGCGGAAGUUACGCCUGAUAAUUUGGACAGAUAUGUCGAAAUUUUGGACAAAAUACAGAAGAAACAAGAUGCUGUGGAGUCGCUGCUGAGAGCGACUCAACCGUCGUCACCUACUGGAAGAUUUGCCGUGGAGGCUGAAACCACACGUCUUGGCUGGCAGAAGGCCUUGUCAGAGCUCCGACGAGAGUUUCUCGUCAGUGGUACUACAGAGGCUAAAGAUGGUGUGUGCAAUGCUACUUGUGAUGGAAGCGAAGCAGCAUUGCAACUUGGAGUUUUGCAAAGCUGCACCUUUAAAGAUCCUUAUCACUUCUAUAGUGGCUUUUGCGGCACCAAUCCUGAGGAAGCUAGCACAGAGCCUUCGGAGGAGCAAAACCAUGACGACGCCCCGUCGCCUUCUCCCAUGGACGAUCCCGAGGCGUUUGGCAGAUUCUGGUCGAACAAGUUCAGACCAGGAUCUAACAGAGACCAGUGGGUUGCUGCUUACCCUCCGAUCUUGCCACGCACGGAUCACCCGGAGGAAGUUGCAAAGUUUGUUUUUGCGUUUAUGACCAGUCUUUGGCAUUUGCACGGCACAUCGAAGAUGGGAGAAGUUAUUGACCAGAACUUUAAUGUGAUUGGGGUGAAGAGCUUGUCGAUCGCCGAUGCCUCGGCACUAGACAAAGUUCCGCGCAUGAACCCAACGGCGACGCUCGUCAUGAUGGGACGCUACAUUGGCCUCCAGAAGCUCGAAGAAUGGCGUCGACUUACAUCAGCCUCGACUUCGGCGAAAGAAUUCUUGUCCGAAGUGAAAUAA